AUGGAGCUUCACACUCUAGCUCAGCAGCAGCAGCAGCUGCAGCAGCAGCAGCAGCAAAUGCAGCAGCAGCAGCAGCAACAGCAGCAGCAGAUGCUGCAGCAACAAGAGCAGCUAGCGGAAGCCAUUAAGCAGCAGCAGCAGCAGCAGCAGCAAAUGCAGCAAAUGCCGCCGCAGGAGACUCCGCCAUUUCCUGCUCCAGCAGCAGUUGAAACAGCAGCAGCAGCAGCAGCACCUGCUGCAGCAGCAGAAGAAACCCCCGAAGCAGCAGCAGAGACCGCUGCUGCACCGCCUCCAGCAACUCCGCCGCCCUCAGAAGCAGAAACCGCAGCAGCAGCAGCAGCAGCACAACCAGCAGCAGCAGCAGCACAACCCCCAGCAGCAGCAGCAACAGCAGCAGGCCCCGCCCCUAUUAACAUUUCAAAUUACAACUGUGGCGGCGGCUGCUGCAGCGAAGCAACAGCAGCAGCAGCAGCAGACACUCUCUGGGCCAGAAUCCAAAGGCUUUCGGAGCUGCUGGAAAGCAGAGAGGCAAACCCUACUCCCCAAACCUCCUUUUGA